AUGGCAAAAAAGGUACGAAUCUUCUUCUCCAAAUCAAACCAACUUGUCUAUGAUCUAAAAAUGGGCCAUGAGAUUAAGGCAAUUAGACAAAAGUUAGAUGCCAUUUCAUCUGAUAGGAAAUUCCACUUGGAGGAACGCAAUGUAGAGAUAGGAGUCAAGAGUAUGAAGAGGGAUGAUUCUCAUUCUUUUAAUGUCACAAUCCUUCCGAUUACUGGCAUCAGAGGAUUAGGAAAGACCACACUAGCUCAAUUCAUUUUCAAUGACCAAGCGAUCAAAAAAUAUUUUCAGUUAAAAAUGUGGGUUUGUGUAUCUGAUAUCUUUGAUGUUCAAAAAAUUGUAGAACAAAUCUUAGAAUCUAUAACAAACAAGAAACAAGAAGUUUCUGCAAUGGAGACAUUGGCCUCUCGUAUUCGGAAAGAAAUUGAAGGAAAGAAGUACUUACUAGUGUUGGAUGAUGUGUGGAAUGAGGAUAGUGAGAAAUGGGAUAAAUUGAAAACAAUAUUGAUGGGUGGUGCAAGAGGCAAUAGAAUAUUAGUAACCACACGUAGUGAGAUGGUGGCAAAUAUUACAGGCAUAGUGGAACAUCCAUAUUUCUUAGGUGGUUUAAAUGAAGAAGACUCAUGGUCCUUAUUUAAGCAAAUGGCAUUUAGGGAUGGAGAGGAGGCUGGAAAUUCAACACUUGUGACCAUUGGAAAGGAGAUUCUAAAAAAGUGUUUAGGUGUCCCACUUGCCAUAAGAACAAUUGGAAGGACAUUAUCGUAUUUGCAAAAUUCAGAAACAGAGUGGUUGCUUUUCAAGAACAAUAAACUCUCAAAAAUAAAAGAAAAAGACAUCUUACCAACUCUGAAGUUGAGUUAUGAUCAACUCCCCUCACAUUUGAAGCAAUGUUUUGCUUAUUGUAGUUUAUUUCCAAAAGAUUACAUGAUUAAUAAACCCCUUCUUGUUAAUCUUUGGAUAGCACAAGGGUUUGUUAAGUUAUCAGAUGAAGAUGAAUGCUUAGAAGAUGUUGGCCAUGAGUAUUUCAUGGAUUUAUAUUGGAGAUCAUUCUUUCAAGAAGCUAGAAUGGAUGGUUUGGGCAACAUAAUUUACUUUAAAAUGCAUGACCUCAUGCAUGAUCUUGCGGUAUCAGUGGCAAGAUCAUUGAUCACCAUAGUAGAUAAUGAUAAGAAAAUCAUUAUUGAGAAAACUCGUCAUGUAUCAAUUGUCGAUGAUAAAUAUUUUUCCUCUGGGGUUUCUACUUCAUUUUCAAAAGCAACUAGAAUUAGGACGUUUCUCACCCCUUACAAAUUGCAACAUAUAUCUGAGUCAGCUUGUGAUAAAUUAUUUUCCUCUUGUGAGAAACUGCGAGCGUUGGAUCUGCAUGGAACAUGGGUUGGUCAUGAUCGAAAAUCUAUAAAAAACUUGAAGCUUUUAAGAUAUCUUGAUUUGUCUGGAAACUCUAAUAUCAAGAAGUUGCCGAAUUCCAUAACAAAGUUGCAAAAUUUGCAUACAUUGGUACUCUUUGAUUGUGUUUCUCUGGAAGAAUUGCCAAGAGAAUUAGAAAAAUUAAUCAACCUCAGGCAUCUUGUUAUUGACAAUUGUGAAGUUUUAAGUCAUAUGCCAUGUGGACUGGGGAAGUUGACUAAUCUUCAAACAUUAUCGAGCUUUGUGAUCCACUCUGUUGCUUCUACCUCAAAGCAUAUCGGUGGGCUAGGCGAGCUAAACCAACUAAAUAACCUAAGAGGAACUCUAAAAGUCAUAGGUAUGAGGGGCGAGAAAGAUGUUGCAUUAGAUUAUAAGGCUGCAAAUUUAAAGGAGAAACAUCUUCUUCAAGCUCUGUAUUUACAAUGGAGGAAAGAAGACAAGGGUGAUGAAAUGCUGGCAUUGGAAAGCUUCCAACUUCACCCAAAUCUUAAGAAACUUUAUAUAGAGUACUAUGCAUGUGUGAGGUUUCCGAUUUCGCUUUCUUUACUCACGAAUCUCGUUACAUUUGAACUGUGGAGGUGUAAGAAACUAGAAUAUUUGCCACGGCUGAGUCAACUACCUUCUCUUCAGCGUCUUUAUCUUAAAGAAUUGGAUUCUUUGCAAUACAUAUCAAAUUGGGGCGAUCAAAGCUCCGAUUUCCUUUCUUCUUCUUCUUCUUCUUCAGCUAUAACGCCAUUUUUACCAUCUCUAGAUGAAAUUCAACUUCUUCGCUGCCAUAAUCUCAAGGGUUGGUGGAGGAAGAGGAGUGACUAAGCUAUGGAUGCCAAUAGCAUAACGGAUGCAUUGAUGAAGACAAUAGAGCAUCCUUCACUCCCUUUGUUUCUUCUACAUCUUUCAAAAUUAGACAUAUCGAGUUGCCCUAUGUUGACUUCAUUGCCAAUGUUUCCAAAUCUUGAAAUGUUGGAAUUGUCGAAGGCUAGUUGGAAGCCAGUGCAACAGACCAUGAUGAUGACAAAUGUGGCAGCACUACAAAAUCUGUCAGGAACAACAACAACCUUGCCCUCCUCCUCCUCUACACUUGUCACCUUUUCAUGCACUCCUCUCUCCAAGUUGAAGCAUCUACACCUAGAAGAUAUUGAGGAUCUAGAAACAUUGUCGGAGGAGGGGUUUCAAAAUCUCACCUCUCUCCAGUAUUUGUUCAUAAAGAAUUGCCCUAGAUUAAAAUUUCUCUCCCAAGGUAUAAAAUAUCUAACUGCACUUCAAGAAUUGGAGCUUCAUAGUUGUUUUGAGCUUUGUGAUCUAGGCGAUUGGGAGGGGCUUAAAAAUCUCCUAUUUUUGACAUUUUCGGAUCUCCCAAUGUUGGUGUUUCUCCCGUCGGGGCUUCAACAUGUUACCACUCUACAAGACUUAAAAAUUUCAAAUUGUGUCAACUUGAUGGAUAUACCAGAAUGGAUUGGCAACUGGACAUCACUUGUGAAGCUUACAAUUUCUGGAUGCUAUAGUUUGAAAUCACUGCCUGAAGUAAUGCAUAGGCUAACAUCUUUAAAAAUUUUGAAAUUUGCUAAUUGCCCCAAUGUUUUACCAAGCUGUGAAAGAGAGACAGGUUAGGAUUGGCCCAAGAUUGCUCAUAUCCCCAACCUGCAACUUUCUUCUUCUCACUCUGAGUUUUCGAUUCCUCCAGAGUCAAUUGUAUCGAUAGAACUGAAGCAGGCGAAGUGUAGAAUGUGCUUGGCAUUUUGUUGUUGUUAGCAGGAAGAAGCCAGUGACUGAUUUGUAGUGGAGUAAGAGUUGUGUGAUAACCAAGGAAAAUGGUAUGCGAUGUGGGAUGCAAUUCAACAAUUAGGCUGAAAGGUUUUCCGACGAAGAAAGACCGAGGAAGGAUCAGGAUUGAGGAGAGAGAGAUUGCUAAAAGUGAGACUUUUCUUUGGCACACUUUGAUCUAUGAAUGAAAAGCCAACGAAGAUCUGUACUGCUGCUACUAGCCUGAAAGAGGUGAGGAGGGGAAGAAUUGUACAUAUGUGGGCUCCAAUGAUUUGCCCCUUCAUAUGCAGGGUUUGCUUAGGAUGGAUUUUUUGGGUUUGCCUAAUUUAAGGCUUUGAUUUCUAGUUUGUUUUGUUUUGAUUUAUUGUUAUUUGUGGUGUUGGUUUACAAAUAGGCAUGUUUAGAUUAGUUUAUUGAUUUAUUGUUGAGUUUAUUGUAUAGGUUAAUUUUAUUUACUUGGUUUUGAUGCCUGGGAUGAUUUUAUUGAAUAUUGGUAAAUCUCAAGUGUCUUGGAUGUUACCACGGUAUUCCUCCGCCAUAAG